AUGGAACAUCAACCUACUCGUGAAAAGCUUUAUUCUACCUCAAAGGGCUAUGGCUUUAGUCCUGCUUUACAAAGAACUCGCAAGCCAUUUGUUGUUCGCAAUCUACUCACCUUGGCUGGUCUUGUCACAUUUACAGGCAGUGUUUACGCAUAUUCCCUCCUCGCUGUAAAGCAAGAUGAUUUCAGCGAUGUACCCAUGCCUUCUCCUGAGGCCACUGCUGCUGCUCUUGCUGCUGAAAAAGAAAAGUAA